AUGGCCAAGACUUUCCAGAAGCACUGCAAGCUGAAUGUAUCUCUGGUGUAUUCAGGCCAGACUGAAGACGUCAUUAUACAAACAGACGUGGUCCGUGCUUUCCCAGGUACUGACGUGACCCUGGUUUGCAGCUUCCCAAAACCACACACUACCCGCAUAAUACAGACACAGUGGUCCAAGACUGAUGCCACCCAGCUUAGCAAAAUAGCUGUUCAUCACCCCAUUUAUGGCACCCACUACUUCACGUUUCCGGAGGCUCCUUACAACUUUUCGGUGUCCUUUAGCACAAGAAAAUGCUGCGACUGGAAUGCUACAGAGGCUUUCUGUUCCCCCCAUCCAAACAUCACAUCUGAGUGUGAUCAGUGGGCUCUGCAUCUGAAAAACGUUACCGUCUCCCUUAGUGGGCAGUAUGAGUGCAGAUUUGCUACUUAUCCAUAUGGGACAAAGGCUGCAAAAAUUCGACUUAUUGUCAAGGCAGAAGAGGAGCAGCACUACAUGAAGGAAUUGUGGUUAAACCAGACUUUAGAAAUACCAUGCCUUGAGGACACGACCUCAGAAGAUUUGUCCAAUUAUCCUUUGAAAUGGCUAGUGGGGCAAAAUGGCAGGGAAGAGGAACUUGUGACCAAGGAACCCUCUUGUCCUGCAGUGUACAGGAACAGCAGCAUGCUGUACAGGCAAAGAGUCCGCCUGGGUUUGAAUAAUGAUCUGAAGAUUUUCCCCACCAAAAUCACAGAUGAUGGCAGGGUGUUUUCCUGCCAGGUGGUGUACCACCCGGAGAGAGUCCAGAAGAGCAGCACCACCGUGAGAUUAUUUGCCUACCCUGAGAUCUCUGUUAGCCUGCAGGAGGGCUCAGCUGGCCCCUCGCAGAAGCCUAACGUGAGCUGUGUCGUGAGGAAGGCAUUUCCCAAACCGAGCCUCCUGUGGUACGUGGACAGAGCGAGACUGACGGAGCAGCCUGGAGAAAUUUCUGUUGAACAAGAAGACUCGCAAGACAAUGAAGGUUUCUAUCAGCUGAGAUCAACGCUGAUGUUGCAAGGGACCCACCAGACACAUAAGACAUUCUCCUGUGCAUGUCUGUUUCCCUUUUUUGGGAACAAAACAUGGCAUAUUUCAUCAGAAGAAAUAUUUGUUUCCCUCGACCUUGGAAACUCAGCACUUCCAUCAGCUGUCAUGACUACUUCAGAGCAGCAGUCGACAUCUAUGGCCUCUCUAGAUUUCACAAGUCAAGCAAGCUUGGCUCCCGCUUCCACGACACAAGGCGUGCCGAUUUCUACUGCAGAGACAAAAAGCUAUACCAGUGCCCCAGCAUUGAAUGAGCGUUUGACAACAGCAUAUUUGAACGAUUCCACCACCGAAUCCCUGCAAAGCCUCAGGAAUGUCACGCACUCCUCUGAGAAUACGACCCUGGUGCAUCGUAACCUGUCCUUCAGCAUCACAGACCAGACAAUUUCAGUUACCAAGGGGAAAGAUUUCUUUACUACCAGCAGUCUGCUCAAUAGUACUGGUGGCACGAGGGACGUGAAAGCCGGUCACUUCCCCUGGCCAACAGUGGUAGCCAUCCUGCUCCUCUUCUGCAGUUUUCUAUUAGUUUUGGGCAUCAGAAAAUGGUGUCAGUACCAGAAAGAGAUUAUGAACAGACCUCCAUCUUUCAAGCCACCACCACCUCCAAUAAAGUACACCUGCAUGGUGGAGUCUGAUGGGACUCCCCCAUCCUGCCACGAAAUGGAAAACCUGUAA